CCAGACCCGUAGCAUCACACCACCCGCUGGACUCACUCAAAGCUGCUCAAAGAAGAAGAAGAAGAAGAAUUGCUCAGUGUUCCAUGGCAUCUUUCGGGAUCAUGGCCAAUCUGCAAGUCAACUGCUCAAUGCAGCAGCCUGCGUGUGAAGGAGAUCUGCAGAACCAGAGUGGACACCAGCUAGAGGACCCGGACUUGAGCCUGGAGGAGCUGCUCUUCAAAUACCUUGGGCCAAGGCGCUCAACUGCCUUCUUGCCUGUCUGUAUCACCUACUUGUUAAUCUUCUUAGUGGGAACUCUUGGGAACAGUCUCACCUGUGUGGUCAUCAUCCGGCACCAUGUCAUGCAGACACCAACCAACUUCUACCUGUUCAGUUUAGCUGUGUCUGACCUUCUGGUACUGCUGUUGGGAAUGCCCCUAGAACUUUAUGAGAUGUGGCACAACUACCCCUUCCUUUUUGGCACUGGGGGCUGCUAUUUCAAGACAUUCCUGUUUGAAACUGUCUGUUUCGCCUCAAUUCUCAAUGUUACUGCUCUCAGUGUGGAGCGCUACAUUGCCGUUGUUCACCCCAUUAAGGCCAAGUUUGUGGUGACCAGGACUCAUGCCAAGAGGGUGAUCAUAAUUCUGUGGACACUGUCAGUAGUGUGUGCAAUACCAAAUACAAGCUUACAUGGAAUAUUCUAUCUAGUGACUGGCUCUGGAGAUACCAUUCAGGAGUCUGCCAUGUGUACACUGGUCAAGCCUCGCUGGCUCUACAACCUGACCAUCCAGUUAACCACCUUGCUCUUUUUCUUCCUGCCAAUGGUGACCAUCAGCAUCCUCUACCUGCUCAUCGGUCUACAGCUCAAGAGAGAAAGGGUCCUAGAAGGGCUGGAGGCCAAGGCUGGGACUGGAAGAUAUAACAAUCAAAGUGGACGCAUCAAGCAACAUAACAACCGGAGGCGGCAAGUCACCAAAAUGCUGUUUGUGCUGGUGGUUGUCUUUGGGGUAUGCUGGGCCCCCUUUCACACUGACAGGCUGAUGUGGAGUUUCAUUGACCAAUGGACAGGAGAGUGGCACCUCAUCUUUCAGUAUGUGCACAUCAUCUCUGGAGUCUUCUUCUACCUCAGUUCUGUUGUCAAUCCUAUCCUUUACAACCUCAUGUCCAGUCGAUUCAGAGAAAUGUUCAAAGAAGUCAUGUGCCACCGGUGGCGGCCACGCAGCACCAGAACAUUCUCACUCAGCAUCACCCGGGUCACCGUGCGCAGCACCACAGGUGACACCUUGCCGAACCUGAGCACAGGCCCAUUUGAAGCUGGAGAUUCAGAGUUCUGCAUAGAAGGUCACAACCAAACUUCAUGCACCUAGCAGAAGCCAUGUGGGAAAGUCCCUUUCCUCAGACAGCAGCAUUGCCGCCAUGACUGAUCAAUUAAAGAGGCGUGACUGGUGGAUGGAAAGACAUUAGAGGAUUCUAAAGUGUCCUGUCAUGCAUCGGCCAACUAGGGUCCUUAAUAAUCUGGUAAUGACCACACGUGUGACCUCAGCAUCAGAAGCUGGCUACUAUGCAAGUGGACAGGAGGAGAUGUAGAAGGGACAAACUAGCAGGAUGUCAAACAUUAUUCUAUAACCCAAAAAAAGCUUAUUAUACAUAUCCACAUAUCUUCAAGAGAUGCAGUCUGUUUUUUUUCUUCCAUUUGUCUUAAUCAAUCCUAUAUUAUUUUCUUUUUUUAAUUCUUGUUCCCCAGUCUUUUAUAUAUACUUUGCAGUAGAGGCCUAGCUAGAAGUGGAUCUCAGGAGGACACCCAUCCCCCCCCAUGGGAAUUGUGGUACACAUCCUCCUGUAAUCUAUCUACCCCAGUGCCCCACUCCUGACCUCCUCAGGCUGCUACAGUGCACAAGUGAGGUCACUGGCCAAUAGUUGGCAUGGUAACUUGCCGCUGGCUGAUUAGACAGAUCAUUUCACUGAGUUUUAUUUUAUUGAGAGCCUGAGAAUGAAACAGAAGUGGUCAACACUCAAAAGAAAAUUAUAACAUCAACUUAUCUGAUCUUUUCAGACAUCAAUUUUAAGCACCGACUAAAUGUGUAUCUUGCUCAAAGGUGCACCCCACUAACUGCCUAACAGGUGGACAGGUGCUGUUAAUCCUUAAAGGACCCACCUUUAUUCUUCAAUUAACUUGAAGGACACAAACAGACAAGGUGUCCAUACUUCCCCCAAACCCCCCCACCCCACCCCUUGAAAUGCCAAAUAGAAACAGUGACCCCUUCUGCCCUCAGACCCACUCAUCUAAGACAGUAACCUUCUUGAAGGUCAGCCAUUCAGCCAGCUGUCUCCUUCUAUCAGCACCCGGCUCCUAUACAAAUGUCGCCUUGCAUUAGGCUGUAAGGAGGCUCACAUAGCCACCUCUUAACAAGCGGAUGACCCUCCUCCACACCACCUGGGGCAAGAGUGACCUGUGCUUUGUAGAACCUGAGCUACACUCGACCCCAGAACCACAUCACCAAUGACAGACAUCUUCUUGCAAAAAAAGCCCCUAGGCUGGUCAUUUUUGGUUACAUGAAGGGGUCCACUUGUUAUAGU